GUAUUUUUAACUUCCACCCUCGUCAGGAAACCACUCAGUGGAUGCUAGGCAUCGGUGAAAGUGAUAUCGCAGUCGUUGAACAUCGCUGUAACUGCGGAGUGAUCCAGUUGGUACGCGAUGACCGUAAUACUCUACGCCGUAGCCCUCCUGCUGUUGAGGGGCGUUAGCGAAUGUAGCUGUUAUCGCAUUAAACGCAAUACUAACUGCGGUAAUGGUCGACAACAGGGCCAGUGCGUUCCGCUAUCCGAUUGUAGAGAAUUUCCUGAGCUUUUAGAAAGGUCUAUUAUCACGCAAAACGAGGAAAACUUAAUCAAAUCACGUAUAAGUGCUUGUAACAGUUCUAGUUCAACUGUUCUGCUAUAUUGCUGCUUCAAUCCUAUCAUUACGACCACGCCCAUCCGGACUACGGAAAGCACCACCGUAAAAUUCCAGCGGAUCAUUAGUGCCUUUACACCUACCGAGACCACCAGUUCUAAGCCCUCGAUUAAGAAAUAUGCAUCUUACGUCCCAAAAAUGUGUGGUAUUCAUACGGCGCAGAGCGCUACAUUCGGUUGGACGGUGUUGAUCGGAACGGGCCACUUUUACCGCCGAUGCAUUGGAACCCUGAUCAAUGAUGGGUUCGUUCUGACGGCGGCCCAUUGUGUCUAUGAAGUGAAACCGAAUAAUGUCACUUUGUUUUUUGGAUCGAUAAAGGUGGAGGAGUUGCCCCAAUGUGCCAGUGAGAAUUAUCGCUGCCAGGAGACGCGUGCCGAAAAAUUCUGGAUACACGAUGAUUACAAUGACACCACCAACACCUUCAACGUAGCACUCAUCAAAACAACGCUGGACAUGAGACACUAUUCGAUGCAAUUCAUUAAUCCGAUUUGUCUUCCGCUCAACACAACAGACGAUGAUACUGAUCCAGCGAAGCGGCACAUCUUACGUCCGCUUAUCUACGGUACAAGUAACGAAUUGCAGGAGGCAUGCGGAUACUCGGGGGCACCAAUCGUUGUGAUUGAUAGCUUUAAGCUGUAUCAUGUCGUCGGAGUGGCCAAUCACCCCGUGGAGUGUGAUCGGAAAAGGGUGAAGCGUGACGCAACACCAGCCAUGGAGUAUGUGGAUUGGAUACUUUCCAUUCUAACGGAGGGAAAGGAACAUAUGGACCCAUGGAAAACGGAAAACCAGACACAACAGCAAGGCAGAGAUCGAUAUAUAACUCCGUAAAUACAACCUGUGGCCAUGGAGUGGCUCCACCCUCACGAUAACGCUCUUGCCGGAACGUCCCAGAUGCUGGUUUCAUGCUUACAUUGGAGUAGCACAGAUCAGUCAUUGCCCAUGUCAAGCAGAAUACCGUGCUGCUUCCAAAAUAUAA